GGGACUUCCGGCCGGGAAGAGAGACCCGCGAGGCUCCCCCGGCUCCCGCGUCAAGCUCCUGUCUUCGGCCGUUGCCGCGCCAGCCCCUCGGAGCGCCACGAGCCUGCGGCCGCCCUGGGCGUCGGAAGCGGCGCGUGCGGUCUGCGGAGCCGGGUGGCCGCCAUGGCCGCGUGGACGGGCCUGCGGGCCUGCGGGGUGUCGCGGCCCUGGCUCCGGCUCGGCCCUUGGGCCCCGCGAGCCGCCGGCCUCUGCAGCCAGGUUGGGGCCGGGGCCGGGCGGCCGGAGGCGGAUGCGCGGCCGACGCGCGCGCGGCAGCGGGACGGCAUCAGGGACAUCAUCUUAAGCAAUCCAAAGAAGAGGAAUGCAUUGUCACUUGCAAUGCUGAAAUCUCUCCAAAGUGACCUUCUUCAUGAAGCUGAAAGCAAAGAUCUGAAAGUCAUUAUAAUUUCAGCUGAGGGGCCUGUCUUUUCUUCAGGGCAUGAUUUAAAGGAACUGACAGAUGGGCAAGACCACACUUAUCAUGCCGAAGUAUUUCAGACCUGUUCCGAGGUCAUGAUGCUGAUCCAGAGCCAUCCGGUCCCCAUCAUCGCCAUGGUGAACGGCCUGGCCACUGCCGCCGGCUGCCAGCUGGUGGCCAGCUGUGACAUUGCCGUGGCCAGUGACACGUCCUCCUUUGCCACCCCUGGUGUGAACGUCGGGCUCUUCUGCUCCACCCCGGCCGUCGCCCUGGGGAGGACGGUGCCAAGAAAGGUGGCCUUAGAAAUGCUUUUCACUGGGGAGCCCAUUUCGGCUCAGGAGGCCUUGCGCCACGGGCUGCUCAGCAAAGUGGUGCCAGAGGGGCAGCUGGAGGAAGAGACCAUGAGGAUAGCCAGGAAGAUCGCCUCCUGGAGCCGCACAGUGGUGUCUUUGGGCAAAGCUGCUUUCUACAAACAGCUGCCCCAGGACCUUAGAACGGCCUACUGCCUCACCUCCCAGACCAUGGUAGACAGCCUGGCCCUCCACGACGCCCAGGAGGGGAUCCAGGCCUUCCUCCAGAAGAGGAAACCCAUCUGGCCACGUUGAGCUGGUCCAAGCAGAGCCACGGAGGAGGGGUGGGCCCCGUGGGCAGUGCUCAGAGACCCUGAUUCCCCACCCACCACGGUGCCUCCUGAUUGUAACUGAAGACCGCCUGCUGUCACAACCCUGGUAGUGGUUUCGCUGCCUGUGGUCUGUGUUAAAAACCACAGUUCCGAUUCCGUGGGUGGAGAAUGCAGUGGAGAUUCAGACGGGGUGCUAACUGAAGCGGAAAGUCCGGGAACACCUAUGCUGUCAUGGAAGCCCUGGCAUUUGCUAUACUCCUCCUUCCCGGGACUUUACAUGAGGGAUCGCCCUUAUGAGGUAAGAGAAGGUGCUGGAAGAUUGAGGUGAGAAAGGAGGACACCAACGCAACCUUGUUGGCAGAAGGGUCCUCUCGUGGAAUUCAUUUCAGUUGCUCAAGAGAGGGGGAACAUUUCAGAUCUCCACGAGAUAGUCUCCAUGAGAUAUUCUCCACUUCUCCACACUGAAAAUCUUUUUUGAUGCUCCUGAGAAAUAAUCAUGCCAUGGCUUUGGAAUAAAUCUUAUGUGAUUUAAGUAGAUUAAAUAUUUAUGAGACUGAUGAUUUUAUCUUCCCAGCCAGACUUCAAGCUCUUUGUGGAAAGAAAGAAAAAAAAAAUCAGUUAAUUCUUUCUUUGUAUGCCCAUAAGGAUGGGCAUGCAGUAGGUGCCUAACAUUUCUCUAAUGAAUGUCGCCACCGUCCAGCGUGCUGCAGGAGCAGACCCUGGGCUAACCCCGAGGACGCCAGCCCUGGGCAGAGAUGGAAGAAAACAGUAGGCUUGCUCCUACCUGCUGGGAACCCUCUCCUCUGCUGCUGUACAACUUGGUGAAUGUCAUUAAUGCCACAAUUAAUUAAUGGUUAAAAUGGCAAAUUUUGUUAUAUAGAUGUUAUCACAAUAAAAUUUUAAAAAUAAAA